AUGAAUUUGAGGUGGUGCUUAGAUGAGGUAGAACAAACCGCUCCUCUGGACACAAGCAGCGCCGGGAUUUCCCCCCAACCCCCACCGCUCCUCCUCCGCCUCGAGGGCGUCCCGAGCGCCUCCCUCCACAGUCCGGGCGGCUACGGCGGCGCAGGAACAAGGCCAGCCACGGGACGCCCCCGGCCGCUGCACGGCCUCCGCAGCGGGACGGGCCGCCCCAUCCCCGGCCGCCCGAACCUCUGCAGGCCGGGAGUCGGCCUACCUCUCCCGCCCCGCAGGCCCGGGCGGUUUCCGUUCCGCCCGCGGCCCAGCGCCCCCACCUCGGCCGGAGUCCAGCCACUCGGGCCUGAGGGCGAGCUGCGUCGCGGAAGAAGCUGCAGCCCCCGGCCCGGCUCGCCCGCUCGCCCGCCCCGGGCCCCACACUCACUCACCCGCCGGCUGGACGCACUCCCCCGGCGCCGUCGCUGCGCUUUCCCUCAGUGCAACUUUAUUAGCAGCUCGGCCGCGAGACACGCGCACGGCGCCCGCUCGCCCAGGACCCGGAUGAGGGAGGGAAGGAGCCGGGGAGGACGCCGCUGGGGUCUGCGCAUGCGCGUCAGGGGUCGAGUGACCGCUGCGGUGCCCGAGGGAAGGAAACCUCCGCGCCUGGCUCCGCGCGGCCAACUCCAGCUUCCGAUCCGCCGGAGGCUCUUGCGGCAAUGGCCAGCCCCCGAGUGGGAGUCGGUCAGCUCCCACCGCCACAACGGCCAGUAGUAGUCUCCACUCACCAAAGCAGCCCAGAAGAUAACAAAAUAAAACUAUUGCCCUCGAUAGGGACAAUUGCGGAUUUUCUCAACUGCAAAAACUGUUAAAAAAAAAAAAAUCUUCCGACACAAGUUUGCUGCUUUCAUUGAUUUUUAAAGUAACUAUAUAAAUCUAGGUGAAGAGAGUCCUCUUCACUUAGAUCUUUCUAUGAAAACUAGCUUCAAAACAAACUUGAGAACAGUUUCUUACUCAAGGCAGCCCUGAAUCACCUCCCAUUUGGAAAUCUUGGAGCCUCUACUUUCCCAACCCCUGUUGAGUGCCUGAACUUGGAGCUCCCCGAAGUAGGACCGUCCAUGUUGGGAGAUCAACCCCAGUAGUUCGGCAUACACACGCCCUUCUGGACAGCUCAGAAGAUUCUCCCUAAAUGCCCAACGCACACCCACUAGAAUUGGAAGAACGUGAUGGUGUUUCGAGGAGUCACCCGGCAUAAAAGGAUCAGUGAAUGACCACAGAGAUGCAAAGGGUCCCACCUCAUAGCCACCUCCGAGACACUCACUUCCUCUGACAGUCAUGGCAAGUGGACCUCAGAGGAAGAAAUGCCUGAGUUUGAGUGACUCCUCUGGACAGUGUCCUGGAAAUGAUAAAGCUUCCUCUCCAAGUUCUGUAUGUUCUUCAACGGACAGACUAGCCCCACCCCCAAGCCUUCAUACUGGAAACGGUGCAGGAGGCAGAGCUAAGUGGAGAAAAGUGCCGAGAAGCAUGAGAUCUCGAAGAAACAGUGUGCAAAAUUUCGAGAGAGAAAAAAAUCAUCACACAAAGUUUCCCAAAUAAACUUCAUGUUACAGAGCUAAGGUUCUGUGUGAACCAGAGAAUACACUAAAGUGAUUUUAUUCAACAUUUGAAAGGAUUUUUUCCGGGGGUGCCAGGGUGGCUCAGUCAGUUAAGCAACUAGCUCUUGAUUUCGGCUCAGGUCAUGAUCCACAGUCUUGAGAUCAAGCCCCACAUCUGUGUUGAGAAGGGAUCCUGCUUGAAAUUCUCUCUCUCUCUCUCUCUCUCUCUCUC